GGAUGAUAGAAUGACUGCAGCAAGAAAAGCCAGCCGUUCCCAGCACCACAUUUUUGGUGAUUUUGGGGAUUUUUCCCUGGAAGAUUCAGACAUGGAAGGAGUCAGAGACUUCAAAAUCAGUAGGAGUCUUACCAGAACAAUGCCCAGGCAGAGCAGAUUCUUCAAAAGAAGCCAAGCUCUGGGUGAGAAGCACUCACUCCCGAGAGAGAAUGCCGUCCUGGGGAGCGGGCCCAGGCUUGCCCCCGGGAGGCCUGCUGCCACAGGCUCAGAGCUCAGAGUGGAGGCUGCGCUUGGGAGGCUGGCCCGGAUAGAGGCCGAGCUCACAAGCCGGAUGGUGCCAAGGAGUCUGUCGGACACGGAGUCUGACCCGAUGGCCUCCGAAGCUGGUCUCCCGAAGAAAGCAGACAAGACUCCCCCUGGGAGGGCAGCUGGCCUUCCUUCCCAGGAAGCAGGCCCAGAAUGUCCUCCUGCUGAGAGGAAGGUCAGCAGGUUUCUAAAGAAGCAAGACCCACCCGCUGAAAAGCUAACCCCCGGCGCACCUGCUGGGAAAGAGAGGGAUUUUCAAACACCCCAGCGGAGAAAACCUGCUGGGAGAUAUGACUUUCCAGACAGCGACGAAGCGGAAGUAAAAGCAUUGCUGGGAGGCUCGAUGGAAACUUCUAGAGGAAAAAGGCCGUCUGUGAGGCAAAGCAUCGCCAGCACCAAAGUCAGCAAGAAGCCCCAAGCACCACUGUCCUCGAUCCCAACUCAACCAAGAGCCCUUUCACCACCCAGCGCAGAACUUUCCAGCCCAAAGCCGCUUCAGACUUCAAGCCUGCCAAGCUCUCAGGCCACUGAUGGGCCCCUCUGCUGUGCUUUCUUGGGGGGGCGCUCCCCGCAGACUCCUGUUUCUGGUGGCACGGCUUUGCGCUCGCCGCCCCAUUCUGUCACUGGCACCUUUUCCAGAUCCGUGUUUUCAGAGCUGGGACCCGUCAUACCUGUCUCCUCCCCCAGCGGGAGUGAGGCCGAGCCUUCGGAGGACUCGCUCUCAGAAGACUCUGCCAACAGUCUGAACGAGCUCAGAGUCAACCUUUUAUCCAUUGAGGAUCUGGCUCCAGCCAUCGGCAGGAACGCAGACUUGGAGCAGGAGCCUGAAGGCGCUCAGAGGGCAACACCACCCAGCAAAGGCCUUGGGGCCCAGUCACCUGCCAGGCAGGCGGCAUCGGCACGGGCCCAGGCGAGGAGCUCGGCAUUUUGGGGACCUGCCACAUCUGCAGGUGGGGACGACAGCAUCCCCACGGAGAGCGAGGUCUCAGAGUAUCUCAGUGCCGGCAGGACCUCUGCCGCGCGUCCGGACAGCCCCUGCAGUGUGAGGGCGUCAUCUGAGGCUCCCGAUGUGGACAUGGUCAGCGCAGCCUACUCUGAAGACUUCGAAAGCUCUCCCAGCCCCAGCGUGGCUGAGCCAGUGACCCGGUCCAGGGAGCCUCGCAGCAGGGUGCAGGACGCCUUGUCUGAGCCCUCAGGCCUGAAGACCGGCCAGCCCCCCACUCCCACGUCUGGGAAGCAGUGCGGCCAGCACACCACCGUGGUGCGUGUGAAGGACACGGCGGUGCAGACCCCCCGUCCUGCCUGUGCCUGCCGGUGGACCGAGGCAGCCAGUGUGGCAGCCAUCCUGCCGGCCCUGGGAGGCGCCUACGUGGACCCAACACCCAUCGCCAGCCAUGUCGUCAGUGCAGACGCCAUUGAAGCCCUGACAGCCUACAGCCCGGCCGCACUGGCGCUGAAUGACAUGCUGAGGCAGCAGCUGAUCCUGACGCAGCAGUUCAUGGAGGCCAGCCGGCGCCAGCACGCCUCCCUCCUGGGCUCCCUGGACGCGGACUCGUUCCACUACCACAGCCUGGAGGAAGCCAGACAGUACAUCAGGCGCCACAAGCCCACCCCACUGACCAUGGAGGACGCCCUGGAGGAGGCGAAGCAGGAGCUGUGAGCGCCACCAGGCAAGGCCUGCACGGGUCUCCCGAAGGAGGGCACACGCCGGCCUGUUCUCCACACCCGGGCAGGUGUGCCUGGGUGGGUCAGGUCCGCCGAGCCAGACCCCGGCUUGCAGGAUGGGCCCAGUCCGGCACCAAGCCCAGCAGGCCGCGGGGGCGUGGGCGGGACACAGGCCGGGCCUCCGCACCGGGGCUGCUGCGGAAGCUGGCGAGGUGAGCUGCUGCCCCGCGCCCAGAGCUCAAACACACUGCCUCAUUCAAGCACACGAGGGGGAAGGGGUCUUAAAAAAGGUCUUUAUUGGAAGGCGAAACAAUAAAACCACAAGAAAUCGUUAA